AUGCCAGCAAACUCUACAGAGAUCCUACCACCGCUUCUCCCCGUCUCACCUGAGGACCAUGGAGCGUGGGCGAUCACCGCUAGCACCAUCUUGUUGAUUGUUGCGGCUUUGGCGACUACUGUGACGCUUAUCUCGCGGGUGCGAAUUCUUCGCUCACUGGCUUGGAGUGAUACAUUCCUCGCCGUGGCAACGGUUCUCUUCAUUCCUCAAACCACCUGUGUGAAUAUUGCCAGUUCGAGCGGUAUCGGUAAGCACAGAAAUACUUUAAGUGACGUGGUGUUCCAGUCUUAUAGCAACUUUCUCUACACGAGCCAGAUCCUCGCCGUUGUCGUGUUAGCGUGCUCCAAGGCGGCGGUUGCAUUCCUCUUAAUCUCCAUAAAGCCAUUUAAUUCAGUCCUGCUCGCGUGUAAAAUCCUUCUAGGGUUGAUUGGAGCCUGGACCAUGGCUUUUACAAUCGCUCUAGCGGUUGAAUGUGCACAACCCAAGGUGUGGGACGUCAAUCUCGCCAGAUGCAUAGACCAGGAGGCACUUUACACGGGCCUAGCUAUGUGUCACAUACUGCUUGACAUAGGUCUCGUCGUAUUACCUAUGAUCCUGAUGUGGAAAGUCCAGAUGUCGCAGUGGAAGUGCUUCCAAAUCUGCGCUCUCUUUGGACUGCGCGUCCUGGUUCCUGUCCUGACUAUACCAUAUAUCGUGUCACUUCGCCGUGUCUUCCACUUGACACCGCUGGACCAACCGUGGCAUAUCCUCAUGCCGACGCUAUGGCUGCAAUUGAUACAAUGUGCAUCUAUCGUAUGCACAUGUAUCCUGAGCCUCAAGCGGGCUCUCGCUGAGCUACAAACCGGAAUGAUGGCUGGCACUGUUUCGGAGUUUUUCGAACUUUCAGUCUCUGGGACACAUGGCACGACGGAUGGUUCUACGUCAAAAUCAGGAAAACAGAGCGCGAAUGCGACCGGGCAUUCCGGACUUGACUCAGGGCACUUGAAAGACCUACGUCAUGGAGGCCACGGAAGGAUGAUAGCACCGAGUGAGAGCAUGCGAGAUCUUAGAGAGAGUGCUAUGGUACAGACCAUCGAGGAUGAUGUGCGCUGGGAGACAGGCGAGUGUAGUAGAUCGUCUUCUACAGAAGGUACAGCGGCGAAUCAUGGCGCUGGUCUGUUGGGUGAACAGUUCGGUCGGUUGACCUAUCGAUGA